AUGGCUUCAUCAUUUAUUGCAUCACUUGAUCUUGCUAAAAAGGAAAUAGUUAUUUAUUGUGUUAUUCCCAUGUUUAUCAUGAGUAUUAUUGGUGGAUGUCUUAAUCUUAUUACUUUUCUCAGUCUGAAAACAUUUCGACAAAGUUCAUGUGCAUUUUAUUUAACAAUUAAAUCAGCUUAUGACGUUAGUAUAACCAUCGGAAACAUAUUGCCUUAUAUCAUGCGUUGGGGAUUUGGAAUGGAUUGGGGACUACCAUCAUUGUUCUUCUGUAAAAUAAGAAAUAGCAUGUCUACUGUAUUUUCAUCAGGUUCAAUGACAUGUUUAUGUUUAGCUGUUAUUGAUCAAUAUUUUGCUACUUCUUCUCGUGUUCAUUGGCAAAAAUGGUGUAAUAUUAAACUAGCUCAUCGUCUUACUGCAAUAUUUACCAUCAUUUGGAUUUUACAGGGAAUUCCAUAUGUUGUAUUUUAUAAUCAUAUUAUUUCAUCUUCAACAAAUACAACUGGAUGUGAAAUCACAAAUGAAAGGUUUAGUGAGUAUCUAAUUUAUGGUUAUUAUUUUAUUAUUUCAAAUUUGUUACCAUUCAUAUCAAUUAUAUUUGGAUUCAUGGCUUAUCAUAAUGCGCGACAUCUAAGUCGCCGAGCAGUUCCUUUUAUUCGACGUGAAUUAGACAAACAAUUAACAGUAAUGGUUCUUGUUCAAGUUCUCAUUAAUUCCUGUGCUGUAUUACCAUUCGGCAUCACCUAUAUGGUCAAAAAAAUUACUGGAAUACAGAGUGAUCCUGUAUUUCAAGCUAAAACUAGUUUCGCAACGUCUAUCACUAAUAUUUUUUCCAUUUUGAGUUAUUCGGUAAGAAUUUUAUCGAUAAUUGUCCAUUCCAUGACAUAUUAA